GCCACCAGCCUGGUCAGCCGCUUUUGCCCGCGGAAAAUAAAACAGUGCUCCGGCCGCCAUCCGGCCGCAUGGAUAAGCCGAUAAUCGCGUGAUCGGACAUGAUCCUCGCGUUCGGAUAGCCGCUCAUUUCGGUUUCGAUACCGAAAGCGCCGAAAGGGAGAGAAAGAAAGGAAAGGGGGAGGAAAAGGGGGAACGCAGACGUCACAAUGCCCCUUCAUCGAUGAGUGGAGAACGCUUACGUUCUCAGUGGUGGCACCAGAGUGACGCGUGGGUGGUCCGGCCCCCCUCUCAAGAUCGCGUAAUCGUCGUAUGUCUUCCCGGUGACGUCAUUGACACCAAGAAUUACUACCGUGCUUACGACAGACACCGGUGCUCAUGCCGCUGAGAGGCCACGAGGUUGCCUCGCGCGAAAGGUCGGAGGCCCCCCGAUCCGGACGAUGCUUUCAGGAAGGAACGCCAGAAUAGAAUACCGAUGAAUCUUUGGAAAGAUGCGGAGAAAUAUCCCCGAGAAUGUUAUCUAAGGUGGAAUUUCUCACGAAUUGUAUCUUUCUUUAUUUGAACGUGACUGUGAGAAAUCUCACGAGAUCUCGAAUUUAUCUCACGUCGGGGUUCUCGUUGGAUAUUCCCUCGGGAGAACAUCGAGAUAGAUAUCGAGCGGUGAAUACUCUUCACAGGAAUACUCUUGGAAAUCCUGGGCUGUAUCCGAAGCUGAAGACAAGUGUCUUGCGAUUGGGUUUUCGUGCUCGCACGGCAUCUGCCAAAAUUGUCUUUCAUCAACCGGAAUACAGAAUAUUCUUGUGAGAUUACAAACUGCGACUGUUCUCUCUCGAGAGAAGACUCGCAUGUUCUCCCGAUCGCGCGGUGUAGGACUUCGUACGAAUUUGGAAAAAGGUAGGCGUGUACGACUCAUAUGAUCUCCAGCGAAUUGGCACUCAUUCUCUCUCUUUCAUUAUGUGACGUCAUUCGUCAACAAUUUCCAUCAGGACAGGAAGAAAUUAAUAAAUCGCAUACGACGAUCUUCAUCGAUCAGCAGAAAGAAACUAUCUGUUUUAAAAAUUUUACUUAAAAAAAUUGUUUCUUGCAUAAAAGUCUCUUGGAUUUUAAUGACGUCUGUGAAGCUAAUUUUAGCGACGAUGCGAUCAUGUUUGAUGAAAAGUGAAGAAUUAGAUCAUCAUUCGAAACGCUGCCAGAACAUAAUUAUUUAUAGCUGAUUGAAAGUACGAGAACAUUCAUUUAAAUUAUGCAACGAGACAAAUAUCACCAGUAAUUAAUAUAAACAAAACUGCAAUUUCAAUAAUCGAUACAAUUUCUUGAAAAAAAAGUUUGAAUUUCUGCUUGCAAGACAAAUUCUUCAUUCAAAUAUGAAUCCAAAUGUGAACGGUUAUUCAUGAGCUAACUCGGAUCAUUCUCAAUAAUUAAUUCAAAGAUGGGUUUAUUGCUAUCGGUGUUGGUCGGCUGCGUCGGCGUUCUGGAGCUGCUGGCGUGCCUGCGACACGCGUCUGACGCCGUAGUGAUCAGUAUCAAUCCACCAACACCGUGCCUCUCCUAUCACGAGCCGGCUAGCAAUAACAUUCAGAGCAUCCACGAUUCGCUCUGUAGCUUUAGCCACUCGAUUGACGUGAGGCUACCUCGCGACGCUAGGCAUAAGCUCGAAAAUCUGCACGAGUACAGUCUGAGAGUGCGAAGCGAACUCCGAUCGUUAGACAGGAACUUCGACGGUCGAAGCACCUUAUCGGAGUGCAGCACCAGGUACUUGCUCGGUGGCUCUCGACCGGACUCGAGACUCAGUCCGGACUCGAGACUCAGCCCGGACUUCAGUUAUAUCAUACGAGAGGACGAUGAAACGUGGAUCGUCCAAACCGAUCGACAUUACAAUGUUGACAACGACGACUAUGACAAGGCGAAAAAAUUCCUGGAGGGAAUCAAUAUGGAAAUUAGAGAGAGCUUACAGCAAGUCGCGCGAUCGCUGGCUCCGCCGGAGCCGAAGAAGUAUGUCAGGAUACCGACGCCGAUUCCGUUUGCCCUCGAAGAAGAAAAAAUAUCUGCCUCUUCGAGCGAGGUGGACACGUCCUUUGACAAGGACUCGGGCAACGAGGCGCCCACCACGAGAUCCUUCGAUGACUUUCCGAUCAUCAAGAGGUACAAGGACUCGCAGUCAGCUUCGUCAGUCGACGAGUCUGAUCACGAGGAGAGAAGGAUCGCGCGAAGACCGAGAAAGUCUGCCUCGAAAUCUCCAGAUUUAUCGAAAAAAUCGAAAAAAACCGACAUUUCCAAAAAAGUGAAAAAACUUUCCAACGAUCUUACGAAAAUCGACUCGGCUAUCCGUCCAGCUGCCGAAGAGACAGAGAAGAAGACCUUCGUCAGCCAGAAGAAACCGAGAUCCGGCAAAUCCUCCACUACGAUCCUGAGAAAGCCUACGAGAUUGAAGUCCAAGAACGCGGAAAUCAGUAAAUCAGCGGAAGAUUUGAACACGAAGAAGUCGAAGAAAAAUCGCGAUUCAGAACGUCGCAAGUCUGACAUAUCCGUGCAGACGGUGCGCGACGCGUUGAAGGACAUGUCGACGAACACAUCUCCAACCAAUAGCCCGUCGUUGUCCAGAUCGGAGAGUAAGAAGAGCGUCUCGGUAGAAGUACAGACCGUUUUGGAGGACAUACUGUUCGAUGAUGAUGCCUUAGAGGAGCUGGUUAGCAGCGUCAUCGGAUUCUCCGAGAGCAGAAAGGAUUUGUGCUCUCGAGCAAACUCCGCUAGAAAGUCCUUCAAGAACAAAAGGUUUCGAUCCAGCUCGAGAGAUCAGUCGGAUGAUCAGGAUAAACAAACUUACGUGACAACCAGCGCCGUCGCCUCCGUGGAACGAUCGCGAAGAGAUAAGACGAAGGCGUUGAAAGUGUCCAGCUUCGAAGACGCCAGCGAGGAGGACUACGAAAGAAUCAGAAAUGUUAUUUUCGAUAGUUCGAGUAAGGGAUCGAGUAUUUGGAGGAGAGGGGAGGACUCGAGAGCGAGAUCAUCGUUCGAAGAGGACGACGAUGAAUUCGUCGACGCGGAGGAUGUGAGUUCCGGAAAGCCACCUAUACAGUACACAACACCCGACACCGAUCAGAACAAAGCAUUCUGGUUGAUUUUCAGUGGCGAGUACACAAAGGCGAUGAACAAGGACUGGCACAGCGGCCACUUCUGUUGCUGGCAGUGUGACGAAUCCCUGACAGGACAGCGCUACGUUCUCAGAGACGAGCAUCCUUACUGCAUUAAGUGCUACGAAAGCGUUUUCGCCAAUGGCUGCGAGGAAUGCAACAAAAUCAUCGGCAUCGACUCCAAGGAUCUGUCGUACAAGGAUAAGCACUGGCAUGAGGCCUGCUUCCUCUGCAACAGGUGCAGAGUGUCCUUGGUGGACAAACAGUUCGGUAGCAAGGUGGAUAAGAUCUACUGCGGCAACUGCUACGACUCCCAAUUCGCCAGUCGUUGCGAUGGAUGCGGCGAGAUCUUCCGUGCUGGCACCAAGAAGAUGGAAUACAAGACCAGACAAUGGCACGAGAAGUGCUUCUGCUGCGUGGUCUGCAAGAAUCCGAUCGGCACGAAGAGCUUCAUCCCGCGCGAGCAAGAGAUUUACUGUGCCGGAUGUUACGAGGACAAGUUCGCCACCCGGUGUGUUAAGUGCAACAAGAUCAUCACCAGCGGCGGCGUGACAUACAAGAACGAGCCGUGGCACAGAGAUUGCUUCACCUGCAGCAACUGCAACAACUCCCUGGCGGGACAACGAUUCACGUCGCGCGACGACAAACCGUACUGCGCCGACUGCUUCGGCGAGCUCUUCGCCAAGAGGUGCACCGCUUGCUCCAAGCCGAUCACCGGUAUUGGCGGGACUCGCUUCAUCUCAUUCGAGGACAGGCACUGGCAUAACGAUUGCUUCAUCUGCGCGGGCUGCAAAACUUCGCUGGUCGGACGUGGCUUCAUCACCGACGCCGACGACAUCAUCUGCCCCGAGUGCGCCAAGAUGAAGCUGAUGUAAGGCGCGCGGCUUCACGACGACGACAUUGACAGCGGUGUCGACAGGGGAGGAGCGAAGGGAGAGGAAAGGAUGAGGAGCAAGACGCACUCCGACGCGGAAUCCGUAUAGUCAAGCGGAUUCCGUUGCACGCCAUAAUAAUACCGUCGUCGCGAAUCUUAUUGACCGUCAAGUCAAACUUGAGACACGCACGCAGACGAUAGAGAACGUUCGCGGAGCUCACAUCGAGGGACGAGAGAUCGCGGGGAGACGUAAUAAAAAUUAUAAAUUAAAAAAGAAAAGCAGAACCUUCGCGUUAGCGCCGCGAUAAUUUUUGUUACGAAUAACCGACGUGUUUCGACGAGAUUUUCCGCGCCGACUUUCUUUCAGAGGACGGCCAAGCUCGUGAAUCCUCUGACCAAGUCCUCGUCUUGGUCGGCACAGUGAUUUCACGAUCGUCGACUGAUCGUUCGGAAAGGAAGGCGGCGCCGAGAGUCAUUUCUAGCUUCGUAGUCGUAGCGACAUUAGUCUAUUCGUUAUUUCGUUCUAUACGUGUAUUUAUGAGGACACUGACGCGAAUCUGCCUGUGUUCGAAAUGAUCUGCUCGAUCACCGCGUGACAUCGGGUAGUGAAAGAGAUACGACAACGGGAGAGAAGAAACAAAAAAAAAAGGGGGGGAGGAUGCGCAACCAGCGAGCUUCAUGAAGAGAAAUCAAAUCGCCUUACUGUAAUAAAACGAUCGUUGAUAUACGGACACGUCGAUUAGGAUAAUGAAUAAGCCUAAGCGCUCCGCGUGCUCUCGUGAUGUUACUAAUAUUAAUAACGUUUUUGCUUUGUACAAUGGUAGAGAGAUAAGCGCGCGUGUGCGCACAAAGAGAGUCCUACAUAUUAUUAUAUAUUCUUAUGAAGAACUAAAAAUUUGAUAUACGUAUAGCGAUGUUAUUUCUAUUCGACUCGCACCCGCGCGAAAAACGCGACGGUCUAACAUGUACACAUCCACGCCACACACUGACACAGGUCUAUCAGACACUAUUUUUCCUUUUCUUGCCUUCUUUGUACGACACUCUGUUCUCUCGUAAUAUCCGAAUAAUAUAAUGUCAGCUAUUAAUAAACGGAACUGCGAAAUUAGAAAAUCUAUCUCUACCAAUUUUCCAUAUAUUACACGACGUUUUCCAAAACUGUCAAUACAUAUAUUCGGAUUUUGAGAGAAAAUUAUUUUAAUGCCCGAAGAAUCGGCAGAGUGAAAAAUUUUUUUUAUCAAAAGAUUUAUCGGUUUCUGUACACGUUACACACACGCGUGUCGUCAGUCAAAGCAGAAUACGAUAAACAAUAUGUACGUGUUACGGUUUUCACGAUGUCCCGGCUCUCUUCUCUUCUCGGUCCUUUUCUCCCUUUCUCUCGUUCGGCGAGAGAAAUAGGCGCGCAACGUAGGGAUCCAUCAUUACCCCGUGUAAAUCGCGCGCGCACACACAAAUACACACACACGCGUCACUUACAUACAUACGCACACGCACACACACUUACAUAUGACACACGACACAUGCGUACACGACACAGAUAUACACACACAUGCUGCGAACAUUUUUUUGCAAUAACAUGUUAAAAGAGUUUUGUUGAAAAAAGAUGUAGGAGAAAGAGAAGGGACAAAGCUCUUAUCCAUUACAUAUGCACACAUGUACACGGACAUACACGAGUAUACUCACACAUAUAAGUAUACAUACAUGCGAACGAGUGUGCGACGGACGCACACGCGGAAAUACUAAUUGUGGCCUUAUCCGCACCGAAUACCAUAGGAGUAAAAAAAAAAGGGAACUAACUUACAGUAAUUUACUUCGUUAUUUAAUAUCAAAUCUGUUGUUAUACAACGCGAACGAAGGUAAGUGUAACGCCGCGCGAACAGAGUCCACGAACACGGGAACUACGAGACAAGUUCGAACCACGAACGUUCGAAUUGUUAAUCGCAACCAAUAUAAGUCACACACGUGCUAUAAUAUAAUAUGUAUGUUAUCCGACGGAGUCACUUACACACACUAAUCGCCUUAAUUAGUAAACGAUAAAAAAAAAGAGAUUAUUCUAUAUUCAGCGUAUCCUAUACACUGUUACACUGUAAAAUUGAUAAAUAAAUAAAUGUAAUUAUUUACA